CCAUACUCCGUACAUACAGUACCAGAGUACCAUUUCCCAUACUGUAUUUACAGGCCUCCGUACUGGACUUCAUACCAUAACGGCAUUGAAGCUGUCCUGCUCCACCCAUCCGUUCACCGGACCUAUACCUACACAUGCUCUGCGCCCUACCUGUGAAGAUAUGUGGGCGACUACUGAGCCCACCAGUCUCCCGCAAUGACGAUCUCGGUCGGACAUUGCAGAGCACCUGCAGGUACGGAAUUAACUUGUGGCUUUCCGGGCUUGCCCGCCGGAGGACAAUGCGAUCAGAACCUUGGGUAUUCUCGUUAUAUAAUAUACACCUUACCACUUGAGUCCGGUUGGACUAGUCGAAAGCUCUAGUGAAUUGAACGGCUGGCCGAGGUGCAACCCCUCCUCGCUUCUCAUACCCCGCCAAUAUCACGAGUCCAAAAACGCUGGACUGCCGGGAGAAUGAGCUCUAUACAGGUCGAUAAUAUACCUUAUCAGGAUCAGCCUGGGCAUAAAUCCGUCAACGGAACGUCUGUCGGUCAGGCUGAUGGCGCCAGCUUUAAGACUUUUGAAGUCACCGGCCUUGCGGACUAUGAAAAUACCAUCACAGGUAUGAAAGAUGAGAUCUUACUUCUUUCAUGGCUCAUCGUGCUGUUGCGGACCAGAGAAGGAGACCAGGUUCGCUAUGAAUGGGCUCAUAAAAGCCAAGAAAAUUGGGUUGAGCGGGAGACAGCGCACAGUCUGUCGAUGAGUGAAGUUAUACCACAAUUACAAACCAGUGUCAGCGAGGCCGCGGAGGCAAUUUCGCGGCAUAUCACAACAGUCAAAUCAAGUGAGAGUGCAACCCAGUUCAGUUCGGCCUUACUCCUUUUGAGCAGCGGAUCCCUUUCCCGAGUGUCUGAGCAAUGUACGGAUGGAGGUGCGAUUCACUUGGAGGCACGCUUGGAGAAUGGCCAGCUGGGAAUCUGUCCAGUAUGGCAGUCCGGAAAUAUGCUCCCAUUCACAGUAACGCAACACAUCAAGUCGCUGGUCGACACCGUUAAAAUGUGUAUUGCAGAUCCCGAUGCAUCUAUUGAAACCUGUCUUCGGCCGACCUCAAGUGAUUUGAGCGCGAUAUGGAAAUGGAAUCACGAACUGCCCCCCUCCUACAACUUUUGCAUGCACGACGUGGUUUCCGAACAGGCCCAGAGAUUUCCAGACAAGGUCGCAGUCGCAUCAUGGGAUGGUAGCCUAACCUACGGCCAAAUCGACCGGUAUUCCACCUUCAUGGCGCGCUUACUAAGGAAAAUGGGUGUUGAGGUACAUGAUUUCAUACCAGUGUGCUUCGAGAAAUCAAGAUGGACCAUCGUCGCCGUACUCGCGGUGAUGAAAGCAGGAGGAACUUUGGUGAUGAUGGACCCGACGCUACCACUUGCCCGCCUACAAAACAUGGGCAAACAAGUCGGCGCGAAAACGAUGGUAUCAUCUCGGGCACAAUAUGACCUAGCUACAUCGAUCUUACCGGAUGGAAAGCAUAUCGUCGUCGAAGAAGACACAUUCACGCACUUGUCAGAUUCGGAGGUUUCUCCACAGUUACCAGUUGUGCCAUCGUCUGCUUUGAUGUACAUCAUCUUCACUUCAGGCAGCACGGGUACCCCGAAAGGAGUGAAGAUCUCUCACGAAACCUAUACAAGUAGUGCGUUCCCUCGGGCGAAAGCGGUUGGCUAUACGGAGGACUCCAGGGUUCUUGAUUUUGCGUCCUACGCUUUUGACGUCAGUAUCGACAGCAUGCUUUUGACUUUGGCAAACGGCGGUUGCCUUUGUAUCCCUUCCGAUGAGGAUCGACUGAACGAUAUCAAUGAGGUCAUUCGGAAAAUGCAGAUCAAUUACGCAGGUAUAACCCCGUCAGUCGCUAGGAUUUUGGAGCCGGAUGUUAUAACAUCGCUCAGUAUGCUUGGUCUUGGAGGAGAAGCAGCUGCGGCGACGGAUGUGACGCGCUGGGGUAAAGACACUAGGAUUGUGAUCGGUUACGGUCCCUGUGAAUGCACCAUCGGAUGUACGGUGAACGGCGAUACUGCUACAGGAAGAGACUAUAUCUCCAUCGGGACAGGCAACGGCGCGGCUAUCUGGAUUGUCGACCCUAACGACCACAAUGUGCUUAUGCCGGUCGGUGCUGUAGGCGAGCUACUUGUCGAAGGCCCAAUUGUAGGACAAGGCUACUUGAAUGAUCCCGACAAAACCGCCGCCGCUUUCAUUCAUGAUCCAGAUUGGCUUGUGGCGGGCCAUAAUGGCUAUGCUGGCCGACAGGGACGUCUGUAUAAGACUGGAGAUCUUGGGAAAUACGAUCCGGACGGUUCUGGGGGCAUUGUCUUUGCCGGGCGGAAAGACACGCAAGUUAAAUUGCGCGGACAGCGUGUUGAGCUUGGUGAGGUUGAAAGUCAUCUUAAUGCAAGAUUACCUGCGGAAACUACUGUGAUUGUCGAGGUGAUUAAGCCUCAGGCAUCCGGGGGCCAACCUACUUUAGUAGCAUUCAUUACAGCCCAGUCUACAAAGAAAAAUGGGGAUACUGAGCUCAAGUCCGCAGAGUGGUCGGACGAGCUGCGCAACGCAUUGUCAACAGCUGAUGCGGAAAUCGCAAAGGUUUUGCCGCGUUAUAUGGUGCCAAACGCAUAUAUUCCGGUCAAUUUUAUGCCAGUCCUUAUCUCAGGCAAGACUGACCGCAAGCGACUCAGGGAGUUCGGUGCCACGGUAGACUUGCAGCAGCUGGAUCAAGGCACAAACACUGGAGCUAUUCGCGAGCUGACCGAACUUGAGCAACGUUUGCGCCAUGCCUGGGGCCAAGUACUGAAGCUGGACCCCGAAGGCAUCCGCCCUGAAGACAAUUUUUUCGCACUAGGUGGUGAAUCUUUAGCAGCAAUGAAACUCGUGUCGGUCUGUAGAGCGGAUGGUCUUGACCUUAGUGUCACCGGCACUUUCGGCCACCCCACACUUGCAGCGAUGGCCAGCGUCGUCACCAUUGCAGACUCGAAAACCAAAGUCGAAACACCGGAAUUUUCUAUGAUCUCCCAAGCAGUAGAGAGUGCAUGUCUGGAAGCAUCCCAGGCUUGUGGGACAGAUUCCGCAUCCAUCGAAGAUAUCUACCCAUGCACCCCUACGCAAGAGUCACUGUUCACCUUCUCACUCAAAUCAGUCAAACCUUACAUCGCUCAGAGAGUGGCGUGCAUUCCAUCACAUAUCAGCACCGAUUCCUGGAAGAAGGCGUGGGAGGAGGUUGUCGCAGCAAUCCCCAUCCUUCGCACUCACGUAGCCCAGCUCCAAGAGCCCGGGCUGCAACAAGUUGUACUAAAGAAAAGCAUCUCCUGGAGAGAUUCGACAGAUCUUGAACAGUACCUCGAGGCUGAUCGGAACGAGAGGAUGAAUCUUGGAGAAAGCCUGGCUCGAUACGCUAUAAUUAGCAAUCCCCACAAUGACACGCGGCACAUGGUCUGGACAGUCCACCACGUACUCUAUGAUGGAUGGUCAGAGCCAGUUAUACUUAAGAAAGUCAGUGAUGCCUUGCAAGCUCAGCAAAUUAAUGUACACACACAAAUUAGAGACUUCGUCAAAUUUGUACACGAAACAGAUCAAGUCGCUAUGCGGGAGUUUUGGCGCCGGGAAUUGAAGGGAGCCGUCGGACCUCAGUUCCCACGGCUGCCCACGAGAGACUACUUGCCCAUGCCGGAUGCCAUGGUCGAACAUGAGAUACAGCUUGAUACAAGCUCUGGAUCGCCAUUUACAAUGGCGACAUUGAUCCGUGGCGCCUGGGCACUUGUAGCGUCACAGUACACCGGCAGCGACGACGUCGUGUUUGGGGAGACUUUGACAGGGCGAGACAUCUCGUUACCGGGAGUCGAAAGCAUUGUCGGGCCUUUGAUUGCUACAGUCCCGAUCCGCAUACGUGUUCCACGAGCAAGCACCGUUGAAGCUUAUUUGAAGACCGUACAGCAAAGCAUUUUGGCCCGUACGCCGUAUCAGCAUAUGGGGAUGCAAAACAUUAGAAAGGUCAGCCAAGAUGCUCAACACGCUUGCGAAGCUAGCACAGGCUUGGUUAUUCAACCAGAGCCAGAGUACGUGGCCAGUGAGCUUGGCUUUAGUCACGGAGAUGUCGUGCGCGAGGCGCUCCAUUUCAACCCCUAUCCGCUUAUGGUGGGCUGUGGUAUUAAGAAGGGUGGGUUCAGAAUCUGCGCAAACUUUGACAGUAGCUUGAUCGAGGUCGCAAAAAUGGAGCGAAUCCUUAAGCAGCUCCAAAUGGCCUGUUCACAGUUGACAAAAGAUCUAUCCAGAAGGAUCGAUGAGAUAUCCUGCUUGCCCGAGGCAGAAUUGGACCAGAUCUGGCAAUGGAACCAGACUCCCCCAUUGUCCUUGGACGAGUCGUCCAAGACACUUCGAGCUGAUUCUAGUAUUAAACAAGGAUCUAUCUAUCCUCCUACGGUGGUAUCGUGGGUAUGUGAUCCGCGGAACCCAUCUUUGCUAUCGCCGAUUGGUUGUGUCGGCGAGCUCUGGCUUGAGGGGGCAUUCCUAUCCGGAGAGGCCGUUGAAUCUCCGUCCUGGCUUGUGGCUGGAAGCUCAAGCUGUAAAGGCCGUGCUGGAAGGGUCCAGCCCACUGGGGACAUGGUUCAGCUACGGGAGGAUAGAAGCUUGAUAUUUGUGGGCCGAAAGGAGAACGUUGUAGCGGUCCAUGGACAUGCGGUAGAUAUCUCCGAUAUUGAAGCCCACUUCGCAAGACAUCUCCCAUCUCAUAUUCGUGCCGCUGCAGCUGUGUUCCAACCAUCGUCAGACGCCACUAAGCCCUCCUCAGAGCAAGAGUUGGCCGUCUUCAUAGAGCAACAGCCUUUGGAGGAAGAGAGCGUUGAGCUUCUGUCUAAGAACCAUAACCUCACCCCCGAGACAUUGAUCUGUGCAGAAAUUCCUGUCAGCCUUGCUGUCGCAGUCAAGCGACUCAGAAAAUUCAUGCAAGAUUCCCUUCCAUCCUAUAUGGUUCCCUCUGCGUAUGUCGUGAUCGACAGAAUCCCCACUGAGAUGGACCAAGUCGACCAUGGCCUUCUCAAUCAGCUCGCCUCAAAGAUUCCUCGAAGCAUACUCACCCAGCUUGGUGAAGGGUUCCAGGAAGCAUGGGCGAAGAACUUAGGGCAAACACAUUUGUCCAAUACAGAAUCCAUUCUGCAGGCUGCCUGGGCAAAAAUACUGCGGAUGAGCCCGGAAAAGAUUGACGUCGAUGACAACUUCUUCCGCCUCGGCGGUGACUCCGUUCUAGCCAUGAAGUUGGUCUCCAGUCUUCGCGCACAGGGCCACAGUUUAACAGUCGCCGAUAUUUUCCAGAACAUGCUUCUUAGAGACGCAGCCAAGGUACUGAAAGUGGGCCAAGUGUCGCAAGCGAAAGCUCAGUCCUAUAAACCUUUCUCGUUGCUAGGCCAUGUGAACCUAGAGCAAUUUCUGUCCGAGGUGGUCCGGCCGAAACUUACUGACCCAAGUUGGUCUAUUCAAGAUGUAUUUCCGGUGACAGACACUCAAGCACUUGACAUCAGAGCGACCGUCCAGCCACCGAGAACUUCCAUCCAGUACACCAUGCUUUAUCUCGAUAAGAAGGUUGAUCGCGAACAAUUGUUCCGCGCUUGCAGCCACCUUGUCAAGGCCCAUGAUAUUCUACGCACCGUCUUCAUCGAACAUGAAUCGACCUUCUUGCAAAUCGUUCUGAAUGAACUGGAUGUCCCUGUGGCUAUGCACCAGGCUGAUGGGGACCUCGAACAAUAUGUCAAGGUCCUCUGCGCUGCAGACGCCGAAUCGAACUUCCAGCUCGGAUCGUCAUUCCUCAAGCUGCUCCACGUGCAAGGCAACGAUAGCCAAGACUGUCUUAUAAUAGGCCUUUCCCACUCUCAGUAUGACGGAAUAUCCCUCCCAAGACUGCUUCAAGACUUGGAGACUUUGUACACCGGCGGCAAGAUCGUCGAUUUCGAACCAUUCUCAGCAUACGUUGCACGGAUCUCCGAUGAGCGCGUCCAAAGCAAGGCAGCCAACUACUGGCGCAAUCUCCUAGACGGUUCAUCACUGUCCGUGCUGGAGGGGACAUCAGUCCAGCCCACAGACAAAGCGAUAUUCCGAACCAAAUCAGUCGACAUCUCCCAACCCCUUGACCUCGAAGAAAUCACAACCGCAAACCUGCUCACCGCAGCAUGGGCACUGGUCCUAGCCCGCCGUCUCCAGACACACGACGUAACUUUUGGCAGUGUCACCUCAGGCCGAAACAUCGACCUCGCCAACGUAGAGACUGUCAUGGGUCCAUGCUACCAACUAACCCCGAUCAGAGUGCCGUUCCAGUCUCAGUGGACCGCGGUGGAUCUCCUGCGAUUCGUACAACGGCAAAGUGCCGAGUCUGCAGCUCACGACUUCCUUGGAUUCGAGAUGAUCUCUAAGCAAUGCACGCAGUGGUCAGCGGCCGCGCAAUCCUUUGGCUCCCUUGUCCAUCAUCAGGACUGGGAUGACUUCGAUACCAUGCCUUUCGCCGGGGGAAAUUGCAAGGUUGAUAUUUUGAAUCCCGAUGGGGACGCGGCUUAUCCUUUGAAGGUUGUUUCGUUUGUCCGCGGGGGACAGAUGCAUGUUGGGGUGGUGGGAAGUGAGAGAGAUGCUGCGUUUGUGAACGCUGCCUUGGACGAGUUGGCGGCCACCGUUCAGGAGUUGGUGACGCGUCGGUCGGAGCACAUGUUGCUGUAGAGUCACACGGUCUAGUAUCCUUCUUACAGUCCUUGCGUAUUCUCUACAAUGUUAGGAAUGCCAAAUCAAAGUUCCCGACCUCGAGUUCCUGGCACCAUUUACAUCUCC